AUUUCAUAGAGCAACAUUUCAUUCAAGAUGUUGUUCCUUUUAAUGUUGGCGUUAUCGUUUAGCAUUCCUUCAGUUUAUUCAAAUACAUAUAAAGUUGUGUGCUACCAUGGAAAUUGGGCUGCUUAUAGAAACGGAGAUGGAAAAUUUAGCAUUAGUAAUAUCGAUCCAUAUUUAUGCACCCAUAUUGUCUAUGCUUUCGUUGGUUUGAAUUCUAAUUUUACUAUAAAUAUUUUAGACCCAUGGCAAGGAGUAGAUUUGGCUGGAUUUACAAAUUUUAACAAUCUUCGUACUAAAAAUUCUAAAUUAAAAACAUUAAUAGCUAUUGGCGGUUGGAACGAAGGAUCUGAAAGAUAUUCUGCAAUGGUAUCUUCGGCAAGUAACAGAAAAACGUUUAUUCAAAGUGCGAUUAAUUUCAUACAAAAAUAUGAUUUUAACGGUGUUGAUUUGGAUUGGGAAUACCCAGCUCAAAGAGGUGGUGGAUCCGCAGACAUAGCAAACUUUGUAUCACUGUUGAGAGAAAUGCGAACUGAAUUCAACAUAUACGGUUACUUGUUAUCCGCGGCAGUUGCAGCUCCUGCUUCAUCAGUAGAUACUUCUUACAAUGUGCCAGCUUUAUCAACAUACUUAGACUUUAUCAAUGUGAUGACUUACGAUUUACACGGACCUUGGGAUUCAGUUACUGGACAAAAUGCACCGUUAUAUGCAGCAUCUUCUGAUGUUACAGCGUUCCAAAAAAGUCUCAACGUCGAUGCUUGCAUUUCCGGUUGGAUUGAAAGAGGCGCUUCCCCUUCAAAAAUAGUUAUGGGUGUCGCUACUUAUGGAAGAUCUUAUACUCUGCAAAAUAGUGGUAACACUAACAUAGGUGCGCCUACAACUGGAGGUGGCGCCGCAGAAAAAUACUCAGGAGAACGUGGAUAUUUAGGAUACAAUGAAAUUUGUGAAUAUGUAAACGCUGGAUGGACCGUUGUUUGGGAUGAUCAGCAAAAAGUUCCUUACGCUUAUAAAGGAAAUCAAUGGAUUGGAUAUGAUAAUCCCAAAUCAAUUGCUAUAAAGGUUGCUUAUGCAAAAGCUCGUGGAUUAGGUGGUGUAAUGGUGUGGUCUUUGGAAACCGAUGACUUCAAUGGAAAAUGUGGAUUAGUUAAUCCAAUUUUGAAUCAAAUCAAAACCAGUUUUAAUUAACUUGCUUAUUCAAUAA